AUCAGCUAAACUGUUAAUGAGUGCUGGCAGUGAAGAAGAUAUAGACGACAUUAUUGAUGAAAUCUGUAAUGACAGCAGCUUUGCCAAAACACCUCUGAAAUUGAAGUCUAACUCUGCAAGUCUCACACCUGAAAGCAAUAGUGCUGUUGUACCAGCUCAUAGGAAAAUAUGCUGUCCAGUGUACCUGGGUGGAAGCUCUUCACCAUAUGGCAUAGGAACGAACAUUUCAAAAAGAACUUGUGAUCAACUACGUUGUACUGCUUGCGACUUCCGUGUGUCAUUUUUCAAUGACUACAUCUGGGAUCAUUCCUGUGAUUAUCUUUUUUUCAGGAAUAACAUGCCUGAGCUCAGUAAACUACGAGUGAAGAUGAUAAAGAAGAAAGGAGCACGAGCAUAUGCUUGUCAGUGCAGCUGGAGAUCCAUUGAUGAAUUAACUGACCUCCAAACAGACCAGCAGCUUCGGUGGGUUUGUGGUAAACAUGCAGAAUGA